UGAUAUUUAAUUAAAAUCUUGAUCAGAAAGCAAAUCAAACUUAUUUUUUUUAUUUAUAUGUGAUGAUAAGUCAUUCAUUUAUAAAUAAAUUAAUAUCAUUCAUACAACUUAAAAGAUUGAAAAAAUAGAAUAGUGGAGAUAACAUUAAUUUUAAUUAAACUAAAAUGAUAAUUGACUCUUAAUUAGUUGGCAAUGUGAUAGAUGAGAUUGCAUUUAACGAGAACUUGAAUGAUGACGAAUAAAAUGAUUCUUUGUCUAAAAUGUUUAGCGAAAAUAACCAUUUGAGGAAUCAUCAUGAUUUGCUAAAACCUUGGGAAAGUAGAGAUUUCAAGAUGCUACUGUAAUCUUACAUAAAUAUUAAAUACAAAAAAGAAAAAGUACAAAUUCCAAAUGACUUUGCUGAAAAAGUCUAUGUGAAAACUUACAAUUAAAAUAUUAAACCAAAUAACAGAUUCAAGUUACCUUUGAAAGUUUUGUAUCAUCCUUAUGUAACAAAUGAUGAUUAUAAUUAUGUUAAUGAUAAACUAGGCAGAGGAUAGAGACUAGAACUCUACGGGUCUCUUGGCUCUAUUUUUAUAACUUCUACAAUUCUUUUCACAACCAAGUGGGGAAAAUCAAUUAAAAACUAGCCAAUUCAGUUUUAUAGUUUUAUGGGCAUUCCUCCUAUUUUCAUGAUUUUUUUUGCAUAGGUCUACAGUAACUACUACAUUAACUAUAAGUUGCAAAAAAUAGGAAUAUAUAGUAAAUAUGGAUUGAGUUCCGGUAAUGCUAAUGCCUAUUGAAUUUUCAAGAUAUUUUCCUUAUCAAAGCAAUUUCUUUAGUUUAAUUCCUAAUAAUUUUAUUUAAAGUGAAACAAUCUAAGAUAACUUUUAAUAUUUUAAGUAUUUAUUUUCUUCAUUUAUUUUAUUCAAUAGAUAGAUUGAUGGAUGUAGUAAAUUUUAAUAAACUAUAAUUUUUAUAAAUUAGUUUUAUUAAUUUAAUAUCAUAUUAUCAUAGUUAAAUAUAUAUAUAUAUUAUCUCAUA